AUGUAUAGGACUGAGGAUAUUAUGAAGAAGAAGAAGGAGCUUAAGGAAAUGGAGUAUAAUCAGAGUAACAUUGAAGAAAUUAUGAAAAAUUAUGGGAUAUCGCAAAAGGCUAAGGGUGUGAAGUUAUCUGUAGUAAAGUCGGUUAUUACAUUUGAUGAUUACAUCGAAUGUCUCGAUAGUUGGACAUCGAAGACUGUUUCUCAAAAUCUGAUACGAUCAGACCAACAUAUAGUCCAUUCCAUUACACAGACGAGAGUAGCUCUUUCUCCCAAUAAUGACAAGCGGUACCUGGUUCAUGGAUCAGAUGAUACAUUACCGUGGGGGCAUUAUUCAAUCGGGGAUAAAACUAAAGUGUUACUAGAUAUCUAA